AUGGCAUAUCAGUUAUACAGCAAUACCAGUUUGGGAAACAGUCUCCAGGAGAGCCUUGAUGAGCUCAUACAGUCUCAACAGAUCACCCCCCAACCUGCCCUUCAAGUUCUACUUCAGUUUGAUAAAGCUGUAAAUUCAGCAUUGGCGCAGAGGGUCAGGAACAGAGUCAAUUUAAGGGGCUCUCAAAAAACAUACAGAUUCUGCGAUAAUGUGUGGACUUUUGUACUGAAUGAUGUUGAAUUCAGAGAGGUGACAGAACUUAUUAAAGUGGAUAAAGUGAAAAUUGUAGCCUGUGAUGGUAAAAAUACUGGCUCCAAUACUACAGAAUGA